UUGUGUUUGAACGUUAUUUAGUCUGUUUUAUGGGACCGGGAACAUCGGUGGGAAACGUUUCUGUCCGCCACUUUGAUAGUUCACUCAUGUCUGUGAGACAAGAACCCGACUUGUACAGCGAUGAGGUGUUUAUCAGUCGGUUUCCCAUCCAUCGCGCCUGCCGGGAUGGAGAUGUUGGAGCUUUGGUCUCACUGUCACAGCAGCUCUCGAACCAGGCUCAUUUGACUGCUGAGGACUCCUGCUACGGAUGGACCCCCAUUCACUGGGCUGCUCACUAUGGACAGCUGGAGUGUGUGGUGCACCUGGUGCAGAUGGGUUGCGAGGUGAACACGGUGACCAGCCGCUUCAACCAGACACCAACACACACCGCGGCGUUCGGAGGACACCCUCACUGUGUGGUGUGGCUGACCCAGGCUGGAGCUGACAUCAACAGGCAGGACUUUGUAGGUGAGGCUCCCAUUCACAAGGCGGCUCGAUCAGGUAGCUUGGAGUGUGUCCAGGUCCUGUUGAUAGCAGGUGCUAAACCACAUUUAAGGAAUGCCAGCGGGCAGACCGCAGCAGACCUGGCCCACGCUCAGGGCUUCCUCGACUGUUUCCGCUUCAUCUCCAACGCCCAGAAGCACCUGCUGCAGCUCAGCGGGCUCCAUGUGAACGGAGUGCAGGGUGACAACGCCCCCUGUGGUCAGGGCCUGCUCGGCAGGAAGAGGCUGCUGAACGCUGUGGACUCUGGACACAUGAAGAGAGCCAGGAGAGCUGACAAUAUGUUGGUGCAGACACACAGCAGUGGAGGUGAGGAGGUGGAGAGCAUGAACACAGAGUCUGCACAGGAGCUCAACUCAGCAGAUGAUGAUACCAAAGCCAUCGCCAACGGCCAUCAUCACACACUGCCUUAUGCUGCCCAGGAUGACCCUAAGCCAGUCAAGACCCUCCCCCCGACACCUCCCCCUCCGGCUAACCAGCGGCCGCUGGCGGCAGCAGCAGCACCCGCCCAGCACUCCUCAGCUGACAUGUGCGGCUCCCUGCACCUGACCGGGAGCCCCAGCAGCUGCGUGUCCCACCGGCCGGCCUGGUGGACGCUGAUGGGGACGGACUGCGGGGACUUCCAGCAUUACGGACACUACCACGGCUUCGGAGACACGGCGGAGGAGCUGAGCGACAGCAGCCACCUGGAGCACAGCAGCAGCGUCCAGGCCGAGCACAGAUACAAGCAGGCGGUGGCCAGCGCCAUCCACCUCUACCACGGCUCAUAAACACAGAGGGUUAGGAACAGGGGCAGGAUUGGCUCUUUAAUAUGCUUUCUCUUCACUUUAAAACGAAUGUUGACAUUUUGGAAUAAAUCAUUAGCUGCCAUACCUAGAGUCAUGACAACAGAUACCCAUAUAUGAUGAUAUGUUCCUGGUUUAGUGAAGUAUUAACUCUCCACAUCUCACAGGCUUUAUCAGCAGAUGGAGCUAAUUGAAAAAAGAUAGGAGGCCAUUCACCUCAUCUUCAAACUCAGACAUGGGUUAGCAUCACAUCCUUAGCCCAGAGUAGCUUCACCUGUCCCCAGACAACUCAACCAUGACAUUAAAACCACUUACUAGUUUUGAUGUUAGCACUGUUGUCCUACAAUGCAACAAAGAAAAUAGAGGAGCUGCUAAGUUGUAAAUCAGUUUUAACUAUAAAAAUGAUUUGGUAAAUAACCCAAUAAAUAAAACCCAUCAGCCACAACAUUAAUACCAGUAAGUGGGGCACAGCUGGUCUCUCUGAAGAACUGUCCUCAUAGUGUGGCUGCCAGGUAUCAGUCCUGUCUGAAUUUAGAUAAAUACAGGUGACUCAUAGGUGUUGUGGUGACUGUGGAGUUGCAAAUAAUAAAUCAGACGGGUUUGCAGCUGGAUCUAAGGUCUUAUUUUUACUCUGUUUGGAGUCUUUGUGUUAAGGUAGAAUGGACAGAGUCCAGAGCUACAGAAAUCAAACCGAUUCGUAUUUGACAAAAAGCAAAACAUCUCAUCUGACUCUUGGUAAGACAGCUAACUUUUCCCAAAAUGUUAGAACCUGCUCCUUUAAAGCUGCAGUAUUUGUGACACAAAUAUUGUUGGAUUUGUACAAAAUGAACAUCAGAUUUUUGACUUAUUGGCUCUGGACUUGACAGCGUUAAUGGGUUCUCUGACUGGACUAGUUAACUUCUUGACUUACCAACCUCCACCGUGUCUCCACCUAUAAUCAGUCAAAAACAUCCCAGCCGCUCAUUUUACAUUUCAACAGAGCAUUUUGCCUUUGAAUCCAGCUUACCUAACAUUCAGUUCUUCAGUAAAAGAGCUGGAGGUGUGGACUGUCGACGCUCUGCACCUGUGUGACCAUCAGACGGUUUCUGUCACCUUCUAAUCUCCAUACACCUCACUGAAGUCGAGUGCAAACAAACACACACACACAGAUUACUUCCCAUGGUGUAUUUCUGCAUUUACAACAUUGAUCUUUAUUAGUAUACUGCUACUGCUUGCUGGUUUGCACUAUUAAGGGCUGUUUGGUUGGGUUAUGUGGUGGUGUGUGUGUGUGUGUGUGGACAGUAAUUGAGGCUUGUGUUGGUAGAGGCUGUCCUCUCUGAAUGUGGCCUGAUGUGCUGUCCUUCAGCAGGGACUGAAACUGAAAACCCCCUGCUAGCCUUGAUCUACCAAAGGGAAAAUGUUAUUGGUUUGUGUGUUUUGUAGCUAUUUGAAAUCAUUUGUUAUUUAUGUUUUAGAGCAGAUGAAUGUCUUUACUGAGAGCUGUACUGACAUUUUAUAAAGCAUACUGUAGGCUUUUUGGGAAUAUCUCCUCUGAUUGUUGUGAUAUAUAGACAGCGUGCUGUCUGUUUGUAAACACUAUGUCAGCUCUGUGGGAAUGUGCACUGUGUGCCAAAAAUGGACUUCUCUGUUUCUGACAGCUGUUUUAUACUUGUUCUGGUUUGGCCUCUUUUUCCUAUUAAAACCUGUUUUGCAGUUUCAUAAAAAUA